AUCGCCAUUCUCAAUCGACUUCAUCCCCAUCGCUCUCGACCGCAAGAAUGGGCUCCAACAAACCUCGUGGACUUCAAGCCGCUCGCAAACUCCGUACCGACCGACGGGAAAAUCGCUGGGCAGAUAAAGCGUACAAAAAGCGCGCCCUUGGAAACAUCUACAAGACCUCGCCUACUGGAGGUUCCUCGCAUGCGAAGGGAAUCGUUUUGGAGAAAGUGGGCGUUGAGGCCAAGCAACCCAACUCAGCCAUCCGCAAAUGUGUCCGUGUGCAGCUGAUUAAGAAUGGAAAGAAGGUCACCGCUUUCGUACCAAACGAUGGUUGCCUGAACUUUGUCGAUGAGAAUGACGAGGUUCUCAUUUCUGGAUUCGGUCGUCGUGGAAAGGCGAAAGGUGAUAUUCCAGGUGUCCGAUUCAAAGUGGUGAAGGUUUCUGGUGUCGGCCUUCUGGCUCUAUGGAAAGAGAAAAAGGAAAAGCCCAGAUCAUAAACGCUGGAUACUCUUCCUCCUACUAUGGCCAUGUUGUACUCUUCAUCAUCCAAAAAUCUAUGACAUGUUAUGUUGAGAUAAACUUUGGAUGAAGCAUUAAGCGAGCCUGGCUAGAGAAUGUUGCCGUACGCUACAGUGAUUUGUCCUUCGGCUAUGUAUAUAAGAUUAGCCAGUGAGAUGAUCAAGAGAUGAUUUAUUUGAGGCUUG